AUGCCUCAUACAGACUCGCAGAACUCCACACAUCCUUCGACCCCUCCAGAGACACGUAUUGAGCUGCGGGACUUGGGGGCACGCCCACCAGAUUCUGCAGAUAUAGCGGAUUGGGAGCAGCAACACAGCAGAGGAAGGAGUCUGCUUGGAGGAGGUUCUCGACCUACUAGUGGUGGUAAUGCUGGUCCGAGAUACGAAAGACUGGGAGACGCAUCUCCUAGUCCGACAGAGAGACAGAGAAAUCGUGGACCGCCGUUAACAGUACCUAGUCGGCAGCUACGGUCUGUGGGUGAUGAGCAUGGGACGCCAGUAUCACCAGUUGGGAAUCCCGCGGAUUUCCAAGCUGCGAUGGGUUUUGCGGGGCUCUUAGUUCCAGACAUCAGUGUAUCGCAUGCACCACUCACCCAUACAUCUUCAUAUGGCUCUGGAGACUUUGACGAUGGACGUUCAUCAUUUGGCGAGCAGAUAAGAUCACCAUAUGGCGAUUCAGCAGGCGACGACCCUUCAUACUUUCCCUCAGAGUCCGAUACGGUACCACUGACUGACCCGACUUCAUUACAACUUCCAAGUGGCGUCCGACCAACUACUCCCGAUGGCCAGCGGCAUGAUAGAUCAAGGUCAAGUUUUCAGAGUAUUAACUUUGAUACUCCAGAUACGGCUUAUAGAGGCUCACGGCUAGGUGAUGACCUUAUGGAUGUAGAAGCUGGUGUGUCUCCACAUGGAGGUCGGUCGAGAUCGCACAGUUAUGGCAACGCUCUCACCCCUGAUGGGAGGACUAGAUCACGGUCACCUUCCAAUGUCGGAGCUUUAUCAAGAGCUGGCUCGAUAAUGAGAGCUAUGUCGACCCGUGUUGUUAAUCCCGAAAUUGCUGAGAUUACCGCUCGAAUUGAAGCUUCACGGGAUGAAAGCAUACCCAGUACCCUUGGCAGUCUGAGUGACGAAUCUGAGACGAGAUAUCAGCCAAAACGCAAGGAGAAUCCGCUGGCGGCCGGUCCCAAUUAUCGACAAAACUUACCCACAGCGCCAGUAGAGAAGGCCAUGCGUUUCUUCGGUGGCGCCCAACCUGAGCCCGAAGAUGAUGAGGAACCAGACCAGCCUCCAAACCCUUUGAGAGGCAAAACGCUCAACUUUUUUUCUCCAGAGAGUAAACUCCGAAGGAAACUAUGCGAUAUUCUAGUUUAUCCCUUGACCGAACCUGCCAUCUUGAUUCUUAUUGUUGUACAGACAGUCCUACUAGCUGUGGACGCUUCUCAAAACGUAUACGAGCAUCCGCGACCGACACACUUUGGCCAAUCUCCAAUAGACCUAGCUCUACUCGGUCUCUUCGUCAUCUUCACUAUAGAGAUGAUAGCCCGUAUCAUCGUUUCUGGUUUGAUUUACAAUGCAGCAGAAUACAGUUCAAGGCCUGGUAAGAAAGGCUUCAAAUCGGCAAUAAUGGACAAAUACGAAACUGUAUUCAAGCCUCAAAGGCAGCGUUCUUUGAAAAUUCCACGAAAUGGUUCUGUCAACGCUCCUACGGUCGUGCGCUCCUUCACUGCCAUACAAAGUGACAGCAUCAGGACUGUAGAGCAAGCUCAGCGAUUACAACUAGCCAGGCGCGCAUUCUUGAGGCAUUCAUUCAACAGACUUGAUUUUUUAGCCGUCAUUGCAUUCUGGACUGCAUUUAUCUUAGGUCUUACUGGAAUUGAGGAUAGCUUCCAUCUCUACAUUUUCCGCAUGCUAAGCUGUCUACGCAUCGUUCGAUUGCUGGCUCUUACGAAUGGUACAGCAAUUAUCCUACGGAGCUUGAAGAAAGCUGCACCGCUGCUAGUCAAUGUGUCAUUCCUUAUCGGAUUCUUCUGGCUUCUCUUUGCGAUUAUCGGAGUUCAAAGCUUCAAAUCAAGUUUUGAUCGUCAGUGCGUCUGGAUCGAUCCCAGUGAUCCCUUCAACAAUAGUGGCUUAGCUUAUACCCAAGUCUAUCAAUUUUGCGGAGGCCAAUUCAACAAUGAGACUGGAGCGCCUGAGCCAUAUGUGACUGGCACUUUCGGCAAUGCUAUAAACCAAGUCGAUUCGGUCAUACUACAAAAUGGCCCAACCUCGCACAAGGGAUACUUGUGUCCUCGGGGUUCUUACUGCCUUCAGCUCUUACCAGACCAGCUCCCAUACAAUGGUACCGUCAGCUUCGAUAAUAUCUUUCAGUCGCUGGAACUUGUCUUCGUUAUCAUGACCGCAAACACGUUCACGGAUCUCAUGUACUACACUAUGAACUCCGACUACUUAGCUGCUGCGCUAUUUUUUGCCGGCGGCAUCAUGAUCAUGAUGUUGUGGCUUCUCAAUUUGCUCAUUGCAGUCAUCACUUCUUCUUUUCAGGUAAUUCGAGAAGAGGGAAGAGCCAGUGCAUUCGCAGCCCAUGUGAAAGGCAUGCUGCAGACAAAGGAGUCAGACACACCAAGACGGAAAAGCAAAAUGAAGGCUCUCUAUGACAAGACAUACUGGCUUUGGAUUAUCGUCAUUGCUUAUGGCUUGCUCUGUGAAGGAUUUCGGAGCUCCAUAAUGUCCGUCGAGCGUGGAAAGUUCAUCAAUGAAUCGGAGGUGGUUGUUACAUUCAUCCUGCUGGUCGAGAUCCUGAUUCGUUUCUCUGUGGACUGGAGAGGGUUCUUUCAAGACAACAAGAACUGGGUCGAUCUUGCCCUCGCGGUCAUCACAACAGUCAUUCUCAUACCGCCCAUUAUGAGCUCUGGGCAACCAUAUGCGUGGUUGUCAGUAUUCCAAAUCCUGCGAAUUUACCGUCUGAUUAUUGCGGUACCGAUCACUAGAGCAUUGAUCAUGCUCGUGCUCGGAAACUCGAGUGGUAUUGCGAACUUGAUGCUCUUCGUGUUUUUGACCACUUUCUUGAUGUCAAUCUUCGCGGUACAGCUCUUUCGGGGCGAAUUAACUCAGACAGAUCCUUACGGAAAUGUUAUUCAUAUCACCUUCUUCACGAUAUACAAUGCUUUCCUAGGCAUGUAUCAGAUACUUUCUAGCGAAAACUGGACCAUCAAUCUCUACAACAUUACCGCCUUCGACACUGCACGCAACACUGCCUGGAUCGGGGCAGUUUUUUUCAUUGGAUGGUUCAUUCUGGGAAAUUUUAUCUUGGUGAAUAUGUUCAUAGCUGUCAUCCAGGAAAAUUUCGACGUGUCAGAGGACGAGAAGCGCAUGCAUCAAGUCAAAUCGUUCCUCAACAGAAAGGAAUUAGGCAACUCUUCCAGUAACCUCUCGCUUUCGGCGAUUUUCCGCUUUGGUCGGAACAAGUCUACCAAGGACCCUCUGGAUUACGGCCCCGCGACCAUGGAAAUGCUCUUGAAAGAUGCAGUAGUAAAAGACUUCCUCGACGACGAAGCGGACAAUGCAGACCAGCCAACAACUCCGCCUAGCAAUACUCCCCCGGUAGAGACUGCUUCUGUAAAACCAGGGUUCAUAUCUUCUUUAUGGGGCCGAUUUAUGACUCGAAUUUGGAAUCGAGAGCCCAAUCCAUUCUAUUCCAAUAUCCAAUUUUCUCUCGGUCCCGACGAGCAAACUGAUGCCAGGACCAUGGCCAAGGAGGCUGUUAACGCCACAUCCCAACGGAAGAAAGCACAACGAGAAUUCUUGGCUCGACAUCCCAAUUACAAUACUGCUCUCUUCAUUUUCAAGCCACAAAAUCCCAUUCGUCGCCUAUGCCAGAAGAUCGUUGGUCCUGGCAGAGGUAGUGAACGAUUCGACGGCGUGGAACCAAACACAAUCGUCUGGUACACGUUCUCUGCAUUCAUCUAUGCCGCUAUCGUCGCCAUGGUUCUUCUUGCAUGCAUUACCACUCCGCUCUAUCAAAAGGAGUAUUUCAACACACACACAUUCAACGUCAGGAACUGGUUCGUAUGGGCUGACAUGUCCUUUGCCGCGCUUUUUACCAUCGAAGCACUUAUCAAAAUCAUCGCUGAUGGGUUCUUCUGGACUCCAAAUGCUUAUUUCAGGAGCACAUGGGGCUUCAUUGAUGGUAUCGUACUGAUCACAUUCUGGAUCAACGUUAUUACCUCCCUCUCGAACGAUGGUGCCGUGUCGAGGGCCGUUGGCGCCUUUAAAGCCCUAAGAGCUUUGAGAUUACUGAAUGUCAGCGAUAGCGCCAGAGAUACGUUUCACUCUUUAAUCACAGUGGGAAUCUGGAAAAUCGUUUCAGCUGCUUUUGUUUCCCUGUCUCUGUUGAUUCCAUUCGCUAUUUACGGAGUCAAUCUCUUCAAUGGACAGAUGCUGGCGUGCAAUGACUUGACAGGAACUGUUUCCAACAACCUUUCUGACUGCUUUGGAGAAUACACGAACACGCCGUACAGUAACAAUUGGCCUGUUCUCUCGCCCCGGGUGGUUUCAAAUCCGUACUACAGUUUCGACAAUUUUGGAAGUGCUUUGUUCAUUCUCUUCCAGAUUGUCUCCCAAGAAGGAUGGGUAGACGUAAUGUGGAGUGCAGAGUCAAUCACAGGCAGAGGACUUCAACCCGCUUCCUACGCCGCCCAAGGCAAUGCGAUGUUCUUCGUCAUUUUCAACCUCCUUGCCACGGUCUUUGUGCUCACUUUGUUCAUUUCCGUGUUCAUGCGGAAUUACACUGAGCAAACAGGUGUAGCAUUUCUGACUGCAGAUCAACGGUCUUGGCUUGAGCUCAGGAAAUUGCUCAGACAAGUCUCGCCAUCGAAGCGACCUUUGAGUACCGAGGGAAACAAAUUCAAAGACUGGUGCUAUAAGAGAGCUGUUAGAAAACACGGCAGAUGGCACCAAGCAAUGACGAUUGUGCUUGUGUUACAUUUGCUGCUCUUGUUGGUUGAAUAUUAUCCAGAACCUGCAUGGUGGGAUUCAGCCAGGACUUACAUCUUCCUCGGAUUCACUGUCUUUUACACAGCCAAUGUCAUAGUACGCAUCGUUGGGCUGAGUUGGUCACGUUAUCGAAGGAGCUCGUGGGAUCUAUAUGCACUUCUUGCUGUUGCUGGCACUCUCGCUUCGACGGUCCUCCUCCUUACACAAAUCGGCAAACAAAGCUACAUCCAAUUGCACAAGUUGUUCUUGGUAGCAAUAGUUCUCUUACUCAUUCCACGCAAUGACGCAUUGGACCAGCUAUUCAAGACAGCUGCAGCUAGUCUGACAAACAUCGGUAAUCUCUUGGCGACUUGGUUCGUCCUGUUCCUGGUCUUUGCCAUUGCAUUAACACAAACCUUUGGCCUUACUCGGUUCGGAAGCAAUGAGACGGACAAUCUCAAUUUCAGGACUGUGCCAAAAGCAUUGAUUCUACUGUUCCGCAUAUCCUGCGGAGAAGGUUGGAAUCAGAUCAUGGAGGACUAUGCCACGAUAUUGCCACCACUAUGUGUUGACGAUCCCAGCUUCUUCAACAGCGAUUGCGGCAGCACUCAAUGGGCUAGGGCACUCUUCAUAUCUUGGAACAUACUGAGCAUGUACAUUUUCACCAGUUUGUUCGUCUCGCUCAUCUACGAAAGUUUCAGUUAUGUCUACCAGCAUUCCAGCGGACUAGGCAAAGUGAGCCGAGAAGAAAUUCGACGGUUCAAGCAGGCGUGGGCAACACUUGAUCCUGAGGGAACGGGAUUCAUUUCCAAAGAGCAGUUCCCACGCCUUCUUGGAGAACUAUCGGGAGUCUUUGAGAUGCGCAUAUACCCACAUGAACAUUCAGUGCGAAGGAUAUUGGAAGAUAUUCAAUCAGAACCGACAAGCGGUAGAAUAGUGUCUAUGGCAUCCACCAGCGCGGCUCCUACUGUCAAUCUGAAAUCCCUUAACAAGCGGCUUGCCGAGAUCGAUCCGGUCGCUAUCCGACUUGCAAGGGCACGAUAUAACCUAUUCUUCGAAGAAGUCAUGGUCUCUGCUGAUGUUGACCGUGGCAUUUCUUUCACGACUGUUCUAAUGAUUCUAGCCCAUUAUAACGUCAUCAGCGACAACAAAUCUCUGAAACUUGAAGAAUUUUUGCGUCGCCGUGCCCGCCUCCAAAGAGUCGAGGAGGAAGUCCGAAGACGCAUUGUCCUCGGUUUCUUCGACACCAUGUACUGGUCUAGAAGAUUUAGAAAACAUCUCGAAAGCAAGAGGUCUGGUCGCAUGACGGACAUCCCACAACUUGGUCCCGAGGUUUUCGUCGACGACGAUGAUAUCGCCAAGCAGGCUAGAACGAAGGUCUCACCUCUUCUAUCACCACCGUCGCCAAUGGAUAAGAGCGACACUCGAUCAUCAUUUAUUGCUCACGGCUUAGAUGGAGCCGCAAGACACCGAAGGGGAUCUUCUCUCGGCGGCCAGUUGCCCCCCGGACCGUUGUCACCGGGCAGUCCUGGCAUAUCUCCAGGCGUGUCUCCCCGAGGGUCUCCUCAACUUUCACCACACCGACCGACCAACUCGGCAUACAGCUUCGAAGGAGGAGAGCUCACUGAAGGAGCCGGGUCGGCGCACAGCAGUCGACGUGGCAGUGCCGUCACGGCAGAAAAUGUGCUGGAAGUGCUCGACAAUUCAGCUUGGGGUGAGAGUAUCCGACGCAGUUUCACGAUGAGACGACCCAAUCGGGGAGGAACUGCGUGA